UUUAAGCACGUUCAGUUUUCGUCUGAACGCGCCGCGUGCCAGUGUGCUCUUCCGGAUAGGACCGUUCUUAUCUGGGUUUUCUUUUUUUACCUAGCCACGAAUUAAGUUAUUUUCUUUUUCAAAAUGAAACUUACAACGUAAUUUAUUUCGUAACAUGUGCAACGAUAGAAGUUUUCUAAUAGUUGAGAUUUAGUUUAUUUAUUUCAUCUGCGUACACUCUCAAUAAUUAUUGUAUCGAUAUUUCUUGAUUUUUCUUAUAUUUUUUCGUUUACGAUGGCGGCAUGGACGAACUCGAAAAGGAAUUUGAAAUUGUUCACAGUGACAGUGCUUUUAGCGAUCACGGGUUGUGCUUCACAAACCAUUCAGAUAACGCCGAACGAUGUAGAACCGGUAAGAGAAGAACGCUCGAAGUACGGCGUGACGUGCUACGGCCCAAACCUCAGUGAAUUUCAAUGGCGUGGUCCCGCUGGUAUAAUAUCGCAGAGCCAGCAAUUCAGGGUCCAUUCGCAGAAGUUGGCAAUGCAGAUGAAUCAGACUGGACUUCUGUUGGUGUUCGAGACGGUCAAAAUGGAAGACGUGGGCAGAUACUUUUGCACUGCGACCGGCAUGGAUGGACGUGGUCAUUCCAUUAGCAUCACGCUGACCGUGACCAAAAUAUUGGAAUUCGACUCGCCUGCUGAACAAAUAACUAGCGAGAACACUGACUUCUUUAUCAAGUGCAAGGUGAAAGGAAACUCAAAUCCCACUUUUAUGUGGUCGUACAACGGUCAGACAUUAAAAGAAAAGACGUUAAGCGGAAAAUAUUCGGUGCUAGACGGUGGACUGAUGGUGCGAAACGUGACACACCUGGAUUCGGGUAAAUACACGUGUAGAGCUUUCGAGACCACUAACAAGUCUAGCGUUUCCGGAAUUACAGUAAUUGAAUUGAAAGUCAGACACAAACCAGUGUUUUUGAACUACAUGGAAGGCGAUCCCGUUGACCUGUACGUAUUCCAGUCGGAUUCGGUUAAUUUAACGUGCCAGAAUUCAGCCGAACCGGCGGCAAAUAUGUCGUGGAGUUUCAACGGAAAAUAUUUCAUCAACCCGGCCGACCACUACAUCGUGACGUUCAACAGACCGGAAAAGUUGGGAUCGUACUCGUGCACGGCCGCGAAUGCUUUGGGCAAAAUUACCAGACGGUUCAACCUGAUCGAAGGGUUCAAGCCGAAGAUGCCCAGCGGUCUGUCAGUGUCGCGUGUCGGCGACAACUACAUCGAACUGCAAGUGGUGCCCAACGACAAAGGGGACGAGUUGAUUGGCUACAGAGUCGAGUACGUGACGAGAGUCGUGGAACCCAGCGGAAACACUUUCGAAAGUUUCGACAUGAUGAACUUCAAUACUACCGAAGGUCCUUUUGUACUCGGCAACCUCAAGCCGAACACCGAAUACAUAACGAAAAUCCUGGCAAGGAACCGGGCCGGUUUCAGCGAAUACACCGAACCGAUCGUGGUCCGGACAUCGCCGGAGAUCAUCAACAGCGGAGUUCCGGCCCUCUUCGAUGGGUUCCUCAAACAGCUCCUGACCGCCGUCGCCGUCGCCUCGUUCGCGGCUAGAUUAUAAGCGCCCACCGAUCCUACAAACAGCCGCGUAUUAUAUUAGAUCUAUACACAUACAGCCUUCGUAGAUCUGAACAUAGAUUCUGUGUACAGGACCAAAGCCAUCUCGACAAAGAUCUAUUCGUCUCUGUCUUUACACACACACACAUACACACACACACACAAAUAAUAUAUAUAUAUAUAAAUAUAAGUUAUGUACUACCGCCGCUCCGGUAUGUGGUCAUCCACGUCGUUAUAGUCUUACCGGGACACGAAAUUCCCCCGCCGCUUGUUAUUUUGUUUUCGUCGUGAUACAACAAUAUAAACACGUGUUGCUUAUUAUUGUUGUGACAUUGACGAAUCAAUAAUAAUAAUACUAUCGUUUACUCUUUAACUUAAAAAUAUUUACAUCGUAUACUAAAUCCGCGUGAACACAUAGUAAUACACGCCAUACUAUGCGAUGAUGACUCUCCAAUAACAUUAACACACUAUUCUAGGUACCUUACGUCGUAAUAGUAUACACAUACACACACACAUAAUACACACAUGGGCACAGACACAGACGUGCAAGACUUGGCUUUUGUCACAGUCUAUUUUCUCGGCGACGGCUGUGUGUAAUAUUCUUGUGUUCGGUGGAGAGUGCCAGUAAAAUAAUAUAUCCGCCUCCGCCACCGCCGCAGUGCGCAAAAUAGUGUUUAUACAUACGCGCCCGUCAUUUCGAAAUAAAAAUAAUAAUAUUAUUGCGCAGACAUAUUUAUUUUGUUUUGCAGACAACUGUCUCAGCUUUUGCCCGUUUCCGUUAAUGUGCGUCGCGACCUAGUGCGCCGCGCCGGCUAUUUGGAGAAUAUCUAAGAUAAAAUAAAUAUUAUAAAAUCAUUAACGCGUUUUUAAGGUUUUUUCUUCGCCGCCGUAUGAUAUUACAAUAUAUUAUUAAUAUUAUACCUAUGUAACUGUAAAUAUUUAAUACUUUAAUACUAUAUUGUAUAUUUUACGUGUAACUACAACUCUAGUGACGAUAAUCCCUAUACAUAGAUGAUAUAUGUAGGUAUCGUUAAGAUUUUAAUAUAUAUAUUUAUAAAUACUAUGAUGCAUACGCGCAUAUAUUGUUUAAGUGGAUAAAUAAACAGCUCCAAUCCGGAUGUACGUAGUGGUAUAAAAAAAAACAUGAUAACAUUGCCGACGCCGCUUAGUAUAUUCGUGCAUAAUGAUAUGAUUGCGUAUUGUAUAUUAUGUGAAUGAUGUAAAACGUAUCGAGUAUAAUACAUAUAACAUUGAUUAUUAUUGAUAUAUAUUAUUAUUUUUAUUGUACUAUAAUAUACGUAUGUUAAUUACCAUUACUUUAUAUAUUACGAUUAUUAUUAUUAUUAUUACAAUUACAUAUAACUAUUAUUGCCUAUAUUAUUGUUUUGUACGCGUGACGUGAGAAAAUGCGCCAUUUUGAAACGAAAAACGAUUACUACAUACUUACCCAGCAACAAUAAUACUAGUAUUAUUAUAAUAUGUACGUUAUAUAAGUGUAAAAAAAAAAUUGAAAAGGAAAACCGCUUGACAUGAAAAUAAUAUAUUGGCUUACGCAAUUUUCUAUAUGCGCGUAUGACACGUCGCGCCGGCGCAUGAUUUAUUCGGUUUCUAUUUUUCUUUUUUUUUUUUCUUCCCUCGGUUUUUAUCAUUUUAAUAAUAAAGUGAACACUCUGUGACACACCGUGUGGCCACGCCACCGCCUUUACAAUAAAACGGUUUUUACGACCAGAAUCUGACGUCGAGAACAACAUAAUAUACUUUGAAUAUUUAUUAGGUACGUCUUCCCCUCCACCGCCCCCUUGCCAUCCGCUGACGUUUUCCCCGUGCAUUCGCGGAUAUAUUAUUAUAUAUCCACGCCAUCACUAUACGGUGUCCUUGUGUCUCGACAGUCGCCCCGUACUAGAUUUUCGUCUGACCGCGCGAGCAGCCAACAAAGUACACGCGUGUCGACGAGGGGGCGAGAGCGAGGGAUUUUUACGUACCUUUAUUGUACACUACAAUAUAUAUAUAUAUAUAUAUAUAUAUAUGCACACGCGAUACUCGAUCGCGAGCGUGAGGCUAAAGACCUUUACAUAUUAUACGACUGGGAUGUUUUAGAUCCCGAGCGCAUCAUGUAUUUUUUUUUUUUUCCUCUUUUCAUUUUAUCUCGACGUCUUCCCCGCACUAUAUAAUAUAUAAACAUCGUUAGUCCUUAAAACGCCAAAUUCCUUACGGUUAAUAAACAUUGGUUCAUAUAAAAUACAUAAUUUAUCUAUACACACACAGUAUUUUAUAGAACAAUAUAUAAUAUAAUAACAUCUAUAUGGGGCACCCGGAUAAUCUGUUCUGUUGGAGAUAGUUUAUUUUUUCAUUUCUAAGGCGUAUAUACCUCUACGGCGAGACGCUUCGUAUCGUGUCUUUUGAUCGUGUUCGAUUCGAUUAUUUUUUAGAAAAUAAUAUAUGCCGUUUAACUGAAAGCACGUCUAUAGAAACGACUAAUAAACAUACAGUGUUUUUUAUCUUCAACUAUAAGAGGUUACCUCAGAUUUUGCAAAACGAAUUACUUUAAAGUCGAAAAUUAUAUUUUCCUACUUUGAAAAGUUUUUAUUUAUAGUUAUAUUAUCCAUAAGGACUUUGGUGUUUACGAGGAACGAAACAAAUUUCUCAUCCCACUCUAACCACAAGAAAAAAAUCUCCCGAAUAACCGAAUAUUGGUGUCGUCGUUAAUACUGAUUUGACGUAGUUGUAUGUGCACUCUUAAUGCAUUGACAUAUAUUUCGGAAUGAUCUCACUAUAAUCACA